AUAAUAUUAAAGAAGGUUAAUCGUUUUACAUUUUGUUCAAAUGGUAUUUUAUGGGGAUUAAGUCGAACAAAUUUGUAGUUGCAUAUCAAUCAUGUUAAACUGCACUGACUAUGAAGAUGAAUUUUAAUGUUAUCGUUUUGUGGGUACCCUAUGUGUUUGUAUUUAAGGAGAAAUUAUUGAUAAACUUGCAACAGGUGACUGCAAUGAUUUUUACUAGGUAAAUUUAUAAGCAAUCAUGUUGGAAUACGAGAAUCAAAUGUUUUUGGAAAUACUCCAUGAGGAUGGUUUGGUUGUUACAGCAAAGGGACUCGGAAUAGAAACUGUAUUUGCAAAUAUAUUAAGAGCUCACACAGAUCCUGGAAACCUAAUUAUAGUCCUGGGGACUACGAAUUAUGAGGAACAAUACUUCAUUGACAUGUUAAAAUCUUUUGGAGUGAAACAUCUGCCCCGCGUUGUAACUUUUGAAUGCUCUUCCGACGAGAGAGCAAUAAUGUAUCUAGAAGGCGGAGUGUUAUUCAUAUCAGGUCGAAUUCUUGUAGUAGACCUUUUAAAAAAUAGAGUUCCGUUAAAUUUAGUUACUGGAAUUCUUGUAUAUAGAGCCCAUAAUAUUUUAAGAUCAUAUCAAGAAGCAUUUGCUCUUCGUUUAUAUAGACAAAAUAAUAAAACUGGUUUUAUAAAAGCAUUUACCAACUCUGCAUUAGCAUUCACUGUUGGAUUUAUGCACGUAGAACGAAUAAUGAAAGCCUUAUUUGUCAAACAAUUGUAUUUAUGGCCACGUUUUCACACACUUGUAAAUAAUAGUUUAGCAAAGCACAAGCCGGAGGUCAUCGAAUUGCAUGUAAAAAUUACACAAAAAAUGUUGAACAUUCAAACUUGUUUACUCGAUGUGAUGAACUAUGUGGUAAAAGAACUGAAAAGACUUAAUAAAUAUUUAGACUUAGACGAAUUAACCGUUGAAAAUGCAAUAGCUAAAAAGUUUCACAAGCAAUUGCAAUCGCAGUUAGAUCCUAUUUGGCAUCAGCUUAGCUCAACUUCAAAACAAUUACUCUCUGAUUUAAAGACGUUACGAGCUCUUCUCGCAUGUUUAACGUAUGAGGAUUGUGUAUCAUUUUAUGCAAUGUUAAACCGCUUACGUACUAUGGAAUAUGCUGUAAAAAAUAGUGGGUGGUUAAUGUUAGAUUCUGUAGACAGCUUGUUCAAAAAUGGAAAGAAUAGAGUUUACAAUGAAAAGAAUGAAUUUAAACCCGAAGAAAAUCCAAAAUGGAAGGCUUUAACGGAAGUGUUGCUCGAAGUACAGCAUCAAAAUAAAAAAGAAGGAAGUGACGGAAAUAGUGAAAAAAUUCUUAUUUUAGUACACGAUCGUAUUAUAUGUUAUCAGUUAAGAAAUUUGUUAACUAAGGGUUUCAAAGAAUAUUUACUUCACGAGGCGAUGAAGAAACUUUCUUACAAAGGGACAGAAAAAAUAAACGAGACUAUAGAAAAAGAAUCAUCGUCUGAUGAGAAAAAUAAGGAGGAUGAUACGAACGAUAACGAACAAGAUACUUACGUAUUAACUCAAAAAGUUAACGAAGAAAAUCAAUCUAAUUCAUCAACAGACGAUAACAAGCAUGAAACAUUAUUUGAGGAUUGUUCACAGAUGGCAGACUUGGAUUUAACAAAUGUAACAACAAACGCGCCUGUUAUCAUAAUACAAUCUUUGAAGAAGUACGGUGAUCCAAUGUCUUUACAUCGCGCUUUAGCAGAACAUAUGCCAAAUAAUAUUGUUAUGUACGUAGCUGAUAUUUCGGCUGUGCGGCAAAUUGAAAUUUAUCAAAAUAAUAAUCCAUCGAUAGAUUUGAAAGUAUAUUUCUUAAUUUAUGAAGGUUCUGUAGAAGAACAGGAAUAUCUUACAUCACUACGACGAGAAAAAGAAGCAUUUCACAAAUUAAUCAAUGCUAAAACUACUAUGGUCAUUCCUGAGGAGCAAGAUGGAAAGUCUGAUUAUUCGAGUCUUGCACCGGAAACAGAUACAGACGCGACAGAAAAUACACGCAAAGGUGGAGUUCCAACUCAGCCUGAACUUCCUAACACUGUAAUAGUUGACAUAAGAGAAUUUAGAAGUGAGCUGCCUGCCAUACUAUAUACACGAGGCAUGACAAUUGAACCUAUAACGUUGCAGGUUGGAGAUUAUAUUUUAUCACCGGAAAUUUGUGUAGAAAGGAAAAGUAUUUCUGAUUUAAUUGGUUCUUUGAACAGUGGAAGAUUAUACAAUCAAGCUGUUUCUAUGACAAGACAUUAUGCCAAACCAAUGCUUUUGAUAGAGUUUGAUCAAAAUAAAUCAUUCUGCUUUCAGGGCUAUUACUAUGCUAGUAAAGAUGUACAGAAUAUGUUCGUAACUUCAAAACUUCAGUUAUUGACUUUACAUUUUCCUCGAUUGAAACUCGUAUGGUCUCCUGGUCCUCAUGCAACAGCACAAUUGUUCGAAGAAUUAAAACAAGGAAAUAAUCAACCGAAUGCAGCUAUAGCUGCUCAAAUUGGAUUCGAAGAAAAUAAACAGGCACCGGAAAAAUUCAAUCCACGCAUUCAAGAUUUAGUUGCCAAAUUACCAGGAGUUACCACCAAAAAUUUGGAAACAAUUUUGAAUAAAGGACAAUCAUUAGAUCAUCUCAAUACGCUUACAAAGGAGGAACUUACGAAAAUGAUCGAAAAUAAGAACGAUGCACAAAUGUUAUACAAUGCGUUUCACGAGAAAAGCUCUCCGGUUGAAGAAAAAUCAAAGAUAGUUAAUAAAAAGGUUGUAUUCAAAGGUCGUGAAAAAAAAUUGUUCACUAAAAUCAAGCAAUGAUGUUUGAAUUAUAUUUUAAUUAUAUAUGAAAUUUGAAAUCAUGUUCACUGUGUGAUAUAAAAACAAUUAUAUGUAGAUAGAUUUAUUUCCUGCUUCCCCUUAGGGUUACACUUCCUCCCCACCUUACAUUUCCAUCUCUCCCUUAACCUAACUUAUCCUACUUAUCCUACUUAUUCUACUCUUACUCUACUCCUCACUGCCCUUACAUCCUCCCCCCGCCGCUUUUCCCCUCUCUCUCAUUUCCUUUCGCCGCACGCUCUUAUCCUAAUCCUACGCUACUCGCUCUCUCUCUCUCUCUCUCUCUCAUCUCCCUUCGCCGCACGCUCUUAGCCUAACCUUACGCUACUCGCUCUCUCCCUCUCUCCCUCCUCCCUUCUCUCCCACUCCUCCACCCCCGCUCGCCCUCCCCGCCGUCGACUUCCAUUUCCGCCCUUGCAUUCCAUUCCUUCAUUCACUCCUCCCCUCAUCCCCCCCUUCCCCCCUCUCCACCUCUUUCUCUUUCCUCCUGACCUCCAGCCUCUUUAUCCACCCCUCCCCUCCCCCUCCCUCG